AUGACAAAAGGCCCAUUUCUUACCCUAGAAGACUUGAAAACGAGCUUUAAUCUCUUUUGUUGUAUCUAUGGAAUCGGUACACUUGGAAUGCCUGGUAAUUUUGCACGUGCUGGUCCAACACUUGCUUGUCUUGCACUAGGUUUUAUGGCAUUUGCUAAUACCUAUUCAUCAAUUACCAUGUCAAAAGUGAUACUCCUUGCACCUAAAUCCAUCCAUACAUUUGGUGAUCUUGGAGAAUGGAGUAUGGGUACAACUGGACGGUAUUUAUGUGUCAUUUCUCAAAUGGGGUCGUGCUUAUUCCUCCCCUGUGUCUUUUUAAUCCUUGGUGGUCAAUUACUCAAUGGUCUUUUUCCAGAUGCAUGGAGUCCAAGUACAUGGACAAUCUUUAUGGCUCUAAUGGUUCUUCCAGUGUGUUUAAUUCCAACACUAAAAGAAGGUUCAGCUGCUGCUUUUGCUGGUUGUUUUGGUACAAUUCUGGCCGAUAUCUUUGGUGUCGCUCUUGUCAUGCAUGGCAUGCGAGGUCACCCGGCUGUUCCAUUCCCUGAUUUAAAAUUUGAACAAGUGGCCAAUAUGUUUGGUAACUUGUCCCUUGCCUACGGUGCUGGAAUUAUUAUCCCAGACUUACAACGGCAACAUAGUGAUCCAAGUCGAAUGCCUCGUAUUGUCGGGGUGACUGUUAUUUUCAUCUCGUGUCUCUUCUUAAUCCUUUCAACAACUGCCUACUCAGCUGUAGGGUGUCAGAUCUCGGGCAAUCUACUCUUUACGAUCUAUCCUGACAGCGAAACAAACAUGACGUCACUCGGAUUUAAACCAAAAUGGGGCCUUGUUGUGCUUGCCUAUUUGUUCAUGCAACUUCACAUUACAAUCGCUUUCUCGGUCAUUAUCAAUCCAGCCUUUUUUAUUGCUGAACGUUUGGUCCUCGGAAUGCACAAGAAGAAAGACAAUGACAUGGACCAUGGAUUUGAUUUUGACGAGCAUACUACACCCACUGACAAUCGUGUCAAUCCCCCGGCUAGGAGCUCCAAGACGUCUUUUCACUCGGAUCAUGAUUUUAUGAGCAACAGAUUAAACGAGAGAGCCGAGUACACUGGUGUCAAUGUAUUCAAGUACAUUGCGCUUCGAAUUACCAUCGUUGUUAUCCUGGUUGUUAUCGCUAUAGUCUUUAAGGACGACUUUGCCAACUUUGCCGACUUUGUUGGUGCGUCAUGCCUUACGAUGAAUUGUAUUCUUUUGCCUAUCAUUUUCUAUUUUAUGAAGGCAUGGGCAAACAUUCCAAUCUAUGAAAAGGUUGCUGGUGGUAUUGUGGUAGUCGUGUGCUCUGUUCUUGGAUGUUACGUCUCGUAUACGACCGGCAAACAUCUUUUGGCUCCUGUUCAUAACGACGCCGACUUUCCAUACUGCGCUUCAGAGUUUGAAAACACGGUCUACUACAACUACACGGCUGUACACGAGACAUAG